GAGAAAGAGCAACAGAGGAGCGCUCAGGGCUUCAGCUAGCUUUAGUUUAGUCUGCUUUCAGUCCAGUUACUAUUUAAAACAGCCAGAGAGAGAAAGAGAGCAAAACAUACACAGGAGAUAAACAGCCACAGGCGCUGGACAAGAACACACACAGUUUGAAAGUGAGUCGUGUGGACACACUCAUGUUCAUCUCCUAAAGCUGUGACGCUUCAACAGGAGAGAUGUGAUCACUGAGUGUCACACACACUUGAGACUUACCGAACGGACACACAACCACACCUGCUCCGUCCUCAGGUGCUGUUCUGAAGGACCGGAUUGCUGAACGACCCCUGUUAUCCGGAGGCCACGGACUGCACACAGGCAGGGGCGAACAUGGACUACCUGUGUGGGAUUGUACUGCUGCUGUUGGGGCUUUUUGGAGCCAGUGCUCAGCAGAGCAAGAACAACGUUCCUCGACUGAAACUCUCGUAUAAAGAAAUGUUGGAGUCCAAUAAUUUGCUCACUUUCAACGGAUUGGCCAACAGCACCGCCUAUCACACCUUUUUAUUGGACGAAGAGAGGGGGCGGCUGUUCGUGGGGGCAAAAGACCAUGUCCUGUCCUUCAACUUGAUUGACAUCAACAUGGACCAACAACUGGUGUCCUGGCCUCCUUCACCUUCUCGACGAGAUGAAUGCAAAUGGGCUGGAAAAGACAUCCAGAAGGACUGUUCUAACUUCAUUAAGGUUCUGCAGCCGUUUAAUCAGACACACUUGUAUGUGUGCGGGACGGGUGCGUUCCACCCUAUCUGUGCUUAUGUGGAAGUAGGGAAACGACCGGAGGACAACAUCUUUCGGCUGGGGUCCUCACAUUUUGAGAACGGCCGUGGUAAAAGCCCUUAUGACGCCAAACUGCAGACAGCUUCCUUACUGAUCGAUGGGGAGCUGUACGCUGGGACAACAGCUGACUUCAUGGGGCGGGACUUUGCCAUUUUCAGAACUUUAGGCAAGCACCAUCCUAUCAGAACUGAGCAGCAUGACUCCAGAUGGCUCAACGAUCCUAGAUUUGUGAGUGUGCACCUCAUCCCAGAGAGCAACAACCCAGAAGAUGACAAGAUCUAUCUGUUCUUCAGAGAGAAUGCCAUUGAUGGGGAACAGAUCAGCAAAGCCACACACGCCAGAAUCGGACAGCUGUGUAAGAAUGACUUUGGAGGCCACAGAAGUUUGGUGAACAAAUGGACCACCUUCCUGAAAGCCCGUUUAAUCUGUUCUGUUCCAGGCCUGAAAGGCAUCGACACACACUUCGAUGAACUGCAAGAUGUUUUUGUCAUGAGCUCCAAGGAUGCUAAGAACCCUAUUAUCUAUGCUGUAUUUACAACAUCCAGUAACAUCUUUAAGGGCUCAGCGGUGUGUAUGUAUAGUAUGGCAGAUAUCAGGAGGGUGUUUCUGGGCCCCUACGCGCACAGAGAUGGGCCCAACUACCAGUGGGUACCAUUCUUGGGUAGAGUACCGUACCCAAGACCUGGCACGUGUCCAAGUAAAACGUUUGAUGGUUUUGAAUCGACAAAGGACUUUCCUGAUGACGUCAUCACGUUUGCCAGAAGCCAUCCGGCCAUGCACAACCCAGUCUUGCCCAUCAACAACCGUCCAAUCAUAAUCAAAACUGAUGUUGACUACCAGUUCACCCAAAUAGUGGUGGACAGAGUGGAGGCCGAGGACGGCCAGUAUGAUGUCAUGUUUAUUGGCACUGACAUGGGCACGGUUCUAAAGGUGGUAUCAAUCCCCAGAGGAACAUGGCAUGAUCUUGAGGAAGUCCUACUGGAGGAGAUGACAGUGUUCAGAGAACCAACUGUCAUUACUGCCAUGGAACUCUCCACAAAGCAGCAACAGCUCUAUCUGGGAUCCGGCCUCGGGGUUUCUCAGAUGCCUCUGCACCGCUGUGACGUGUACGGGAAAGCUUGUGCAGAGUGCUGUCUGGCUCGUGAUCCGUACUGUGCCUGGGACGGCUCGCAAUGUUCCAGAUACUUCCCGACUGCUAAAAGGAGAACGAGGCGGCAGGAUAUCAGGAAUGGAGACCCUCUAACUCAGUGUUCGGAUCUUCAGCAUCACGAUGAUGCAGAUGGAGAUAGAGGUCUGCUGGAUAAGACAGUAUAUGGAGUUGAGAACAGCAGCUCUUUUCUGGAGUGCAGUCCUAAAUCUCAGCGAGCCCUUAUUUACUGGCAGUUCCAGAGACAUGGAGAGGACCGCAAACUAGAGAUCAAGUCCAAUGAGCGGGUGUUGGGCACGGAACAGGGUCUGUUGAUCCGAACUCUUCAUCAGAAGGACUCGGGUGUGUAUUACUGCCACGCCGUCGAACAUGGAUUCAUCCAGACCCUCCUCCGCCUCACGCUCAACGUCAUUCCCACCGAAUACCUGGAUGAUCUCCUGCACCGUGACGCUCCCGACAGCAACGAGCCGACCAAUGGCAAGACGUGGUACCGCGACUUCAUGUCUCUCAUCAACCCGCCCAGCCUCAACAGCGUCGACCAGCUCUGCGAACAGGUUUGGAAGCGAGAACGCAAACAGCACAGGCAGAAAGCCAAUCUACUGCAUGCCAGCCAAUCACACGCCACUAAGUGGAAGCUGCUGCAAGAGAACAAGAAAGGGCGCAACCGCAGGACCCAUGAGAUGCAGCGGGCACCCCGAAGCGUGUGACCACCCUCGUGCCAAACCAAAACAGAGGGGAGAGACUUCUGCUGUUCCACAGAGGGAAACACUGAGACGGGAAGUGCGUCAUUACACGCUUCCUUCAGUGUCCAAGUGUGUGUGUGUGAGAGAUAUUUUUACUUUCCAACCCCGAGCACACCUUCAUUAUCACCGACGCAUUGCAACUUGAACUCUGAGAGGAUCACAAGAUGCUAAGAGACCUGUAAAUAUGACAUAAUAUAAACAUGUACUGUGAUGAGGGACAAAGGUAAACAUGGACGAUACUGAAAGAGCACUGUUCAGCUAAAGCACAAAUAACUUGUCAAUAAUAUUUUGUGAAUAGUGUGUUGAUCUUAACAUAUACUGUAUAUCUUUGUAUCAGCAUUGAACGUUAGGCCCUUCUCAGUUUGUAUCCUUUAGUUAAGGAAUUCAAGUGCUUCUUUUCAGUCUAUUUUUCUUUUCCCCCUCUUUCUGUCUUCCUCCUCAUGUUUUCUAUUUUCAUCCACCCCAAAAGCAAUGCCUCAGCAGAUCCUUUAAAACAACUCUGCUGUUUCUCUGAAUAAGCUCUUCCAGAAAAGAAAAGUUUUUUAUUCAUAUUUAAUUUUGUACUGUCCCAGAAUAUAGAUUUACAAUAUUACAAUAGAUUUAUUUUAUUAUUAGUUGUCCUCAUUUUAAUCCACUGCAUCAUGGGAACUCUUCAUUAAUAUUUUCUCCUGAGUUCAGUUGGUAACGCUUUAUUUUAAGGGUCAACAAUAAUGCACAAGUUAAGCAUGAAUACAACUAUUUUGGCUAUCUUAGCCAUAAUUAACAAUCCUUUUUUCUGUGUAGAAAGUAAUGCAAUUAAUGCUCAAUUACAGAUAUUGCAUAUAUCAUAUAUACAUUUUACUAAAUAACAAUAAGCCAGUAAUUAAGGUUAAUUGGCUUUAUAAAGCUGUUACUAAUAAAUUACUAAAAUCUUGUAUUAAAAACAACUUGACCCCUUGUUCUAAAGUGAAAGUUGAACCUAUCCAAGUUAUUGGUUUGUUUUGCACUUAUUAGGUGGUAUUUAAUAUUUAUUGAACUGUAUUAAGACUAUUAAUUUUUGGUUUUACUAAAUUGCUAUUAAUGAAUAGCAAAAAUCUGAAAAUAAAGACAAUUACAGUAUUUGCAGUAAACUUCACAAUGUUCAGAGAGUUUUUAUUGUUAUUGAAACAUGUUCAGUACAAACCAAUAACCUGAAUAGGUUAAAUGUUCACUUUAGAAGUUGUCUUUAACAGAUGAUUUUAGUAUUUUACUAACAGCAAUGAUAAUUUGCCUUAAAUUCUGGCUCGCUAUUUUUUGGUAAACUUGAUGUAUGAUCUCUAAAAGUGAUCAAUAAUUACAUUACUUUCUACACACUCACACACACACACACACACACACACACACACACACACACACACACACACACACA